GGAAGAAGAAGAAAUAAAAGACGAGCCCCAUCGGAAAGUACGCCUGAGCGAGAGACGAGAGGUGGAGAGUGAGAGCGCGUGCUUGCUUGCCUGCCCCGGCUGCGGUUGUAUUUCGGAGGAGAGAGAGAGAGAAGACUUUUCAGAAUCGCCAUGGCGGAGGCGUUUGUCGGCGUGUGGAAGCUGGUCGAGAGCGUCAAUUUCGACGACUACAUGAAAGCUCUCGAUGUGAACUUUGCCACAAGACAAAUUGCCAAUCUGACCAAACCCACCACCAUUAUUGAGGUGGAUUGUGUGAAAAUUACCAUCAAAACUCAUAGCACUUUCAAGAAUACAGAGAUCAAUUGCAAAGUGGGAGAAGAAUUUGAUGAGACUACAGCAGAUGGCAGGGAUGUCAAGUCUAUUGUGACACUAGAUGGAGGGAAACUUGUUCACAUACAAAAAUGGAAUGGAAAGGAGACCUCACUCGUUCGAGAAAUAAAAGAUGACAAACUAAUUUUGACUCUGACAAUGGGUGAUGUGGUCUGCACUCGCACCUACCAGAAAGAUAACUAGAGAGUUUCUACCUCCUUCCUACUACUAUUUUUCACUGCCAAAUUGCUGGUAUUUUUGUUUCUCCUUUCUAUGUUUUGUAUACUUACUGAAAUUUUGGAGACCUUUCAGUAUCCAACUUGACCUCUUUUCGUAAGUGCCAGUCACCUUGACUUUUAUGGAGUUUUAGGUUUGCACAUACAUUUUUACAAUUGAAGAGAUCUUUAAAAAAAACAGAAUAAAAUGAAGCAAUUGUUACAAAAA